AUGGCGUUAAAAAGCCCCCGACAAGGAAAUUCCACCGAGUGCCACUACUGGGGCUACUCUUUCCACUGGACUGACCUCCAUCAGUCGUCAGAGGAGUUACAUCCCAUGAUCCAAACAUAUGAUAGCCUGGCGGAUGAAUGUGUGCAAAUUCUCAACAAGAUUCCCACGUGCGAGGACGAUGAUAAGCCGUUCAAGAAAGAUCUGUAUGGUUUGUUGAAGAAGCAUGCCGAUGAGGAUCCUAAACUCAAACAACUAUGGGAUGAGGUCAAUACGGUUCCUGAAUGGGUAGAUUGGGAGCAGAUUCAGAGAGGACAGGAUGUGUUCUUCCGAUAUGGAGUUCCCAUCUUGAAUGUGCUUGGGUUUGAGAGUCUACUCGGUGGAAUGGGCGCCAUGCGAGUCGUGGAAACACUUGCCCGAACCGGUGGUUUCGGCGCCAAAGUAGUCCGCCGUCGACUCCUCGAAACACUCCAACACGUCCUCCAAGUCAGCAGCUCAGCAGAGGGAAUGAAACCAGGCGGCCAAGGCAACGUCUCCUCCGUCCGUGUACGGCUCCUCCACGCUUCCGUCCGGUUGAGAAUCUUGAGUCUGGUAGAACAAAAGCCAGACUACUACGACGUUGACAUGUACGGUACACCCGUCAAUGAUCUCGAUUGCAUCGGCACCAUCAACACUUUUUGCAGCUCGGUGGUCUGGCUCGGGCUACCUCGUCAGGGGAUCUACCUCAAACAACAGGAGAUUGAAGAUUAUAUCGCGCUCUGGCGGCUCGUCGCUUACUACAUGGGAACGCCGACGGAGCCAUUCGAGAGUACGGCCAAGGCCCGGGCGAUGAUGGAGUCACUCUUGAUUUCUGAAAUUGAUCCUACCGAGAUUGGCAAGAUUCUGGCUAAGAAUAUCAUCAUCGGUCUGGAGAAUACCGCACCGUCUUAUGCGUCAAAGGAAUUCCUCGAGGCGAUGAGUCGUCUCCUUAAUGGCGAUCAGCUUGCGGAUGAAUUGGAUAUCCCAAGGUCCAGUCUGUACUAUCGGGUCAUUCUGUGGGGAUACUGUUUCUGGGUGAGACUGGUCUCAACUAUUAUACCCAGGAUCUACUUCAUGGAUCGGUUCAUGAUCAACAUGCGCCGCAAAUACUUUUACAAGAUGCUCAUGGACGAGAAGCUUGGCCUUGGAGGCGAAAGCCGCUUCGAGUUCAAGUAUCUGCCCACACUCACACGCACCACACGCUUGGGUCAACGACGCACAACCAAGUUUGAAAGUCCUGGUCUCGAGAGUCUGGGACAUCUCGGGCUUAUGACAGCUUUUGGCGCAGUGCUCACUCUAGGUAUAGCACUAGCCUUCGCCGCGAAGUUGAUCCCGUCGGACCAGCUUUUGCAUGCCAUGCGCGUAUAG